AUGGCACUCCGCUUUGAUGGUCGUGUGGCAAUAGUAACAGGAGCUGGAGGUGGACUUGGGAGAACCUAUGCACUAGAGCUGGCUAAGCGAGGAUGUAAAGUCGUUGUGAACGAUCUCGGUGGUGAUGCGCACGGAACAUCAGCAUCUACUUCCAUGGCUGAUAAGGUGGUGUCUGAAAUCAGAGCUGCAGGUGGUCAAGCGGUUGCUAAUUAUGACAGUGUUGAGUUUGGCGAGAAAAUCGUCAAAACAGCUGUGGACUCCUUCGGUAGAGUUGACAUCGUGAUCAACAACGCUGGUAUUCUGCGUGAUGUUUCUCUGGUGAAGAUGACUGAUCUCGACUGGGAUCUCAUUUUCAAAGUUCAUGUGAAAGGGGCAUAUUCUGUAACUAAGGCUGCAUGGCCUCAUAUGAGAAAACAAAACUAUGGGAGAAUCAUUGUAACCUCGUCAAACGCCGGUAUUUAUGGAAACUUUGGACAAGCCAACUAUGCUGCCGCUAAAUCUGCUCUGAUUGGAUUCUCCAAUUCUCUAGCUCAGGAAGGAGCCAAAUACAACAUCAUCGCAAAUGCAGUAGUACCCACUGCUGGCUCACGAUUGACCCAGACGGUGUUGCCCGAGUCUCUCAUCGAAGCCUUGAAACCUGAGUACGUUACUCCCCUGGUGGUUAACCUCUGUCACGAAUCUUUCACUGAAAGCGGCAAAGUAUUUGAGGCCGGUGCUGGAUGGUACGGAACACUACAGUACUACAGAUCUCCAGGAAAGCUGAUGCCUAACGCUACAGCUGAAGAUAUCCGAAAGAAUUGGAACCAGAUAACUGAUAUGAACAAUGCGAAACAUUACGAUAGUAUGCGUGAUGUAAUGACUGAGCUUAUGGGUAUCAUCGCAGAAAUGGAAAAUGACAGUGGGCUUUCUGGACAAUCUGAAUCCAAUGCAAGCAAUGGAUUUCCAUCCCAUAUAAAAUGUUCACCACUUUUCGAAGAAAUGGAUGCUGGAGUAAAGAGUGACCCUGCCACAGUGAAAAACAUCAAGGCGAUCAUUCUUUACAUUAUGACCGAUGGACAAAAGGAAAUCGGCAAAUUUACAUUGGACUUCAAGAGCCCAUCUCCUUCGGUGUACUAUGGUGACGUGAAGGAUGGCCAGAAGCCUACAGUGACUGUGACUGUUUCUGACGAUGACUUCUUAGAUAUCGCCAGUGGAAAGCUGAAUGCUCAAAAGGCAUUCAUGAGUGGUAAACUGAAGGUCAAAGGAAAUGUGAUGCUUCUUCAAAAACUGCAAGCCAUCCUCGAUCAGAAAAGAAAAUCGAAGUUAUAG